UGGCAGCCUGUCGGAGGAGACCAGCACUGAUCUCUGCACUGGAGGAUGCACCUAUCUGAAGGAGGGUAUCACUGAGAAGCUUCACUUUUCAUCCUGACACCCCACAAGUAAUGAAUCUGUGAGAGGACGAGCAGAGAAGCACUCUUCAAAAUGGCAGACAAGGAUAGCGUGGAAAAGUACUUGGAGAAUAACCCUCAGUUCGCCAAAGAGUAUUUCGACAAGAAGGUCCGAUCCGAGGCCAUCGCCGCCGCUUUUGCAGAGAAACUUGACAUCAAAGAUCCGGCCUCGUUCAAGGAUGUCAGCCAAAUCCAGGAGGCCAACAUCAUCUUUGAUAUGAUCAAAGAAAUGCAUUCGCAGCCUAUUAUGGAAAAGGCCAUGCACAAGGUCCUGCAGAGGAUAUGUUUGCUGUUGAACGCUGACCGCUGCAGCUAUUUCCUGUCCCGAGCGAGAAACGGCAUCCCUGAGCUUGCUACGUGUUACGCUUAUCAGGUGGGUCUGUACCUGAAAGUCGACUAUUCGUUUGACAAAGGAUUCAACUUUUUCUGUCCUGUGGUCAUGGAGGCAAAGCUGAAUUUUCAGCAUUACUCCAGAAAAGGUUACAGAGAUAUCACCUACCAUAACUGGAGGCACGGAUUUAACGUGGGCCAGACCAUGUUCUGUCUUCUGCAAACUGGAAAGCUGAGAAAAUACUACUCCGACCUUGAUGCCUUUGCGAUGGUAGCAGCUGCAUUCUGUCACGAUAUUGACCACAGGGGUACCAACAAUCUCUACAAGACAAAGAGCGCAUCACCACUGGCCAAGCUCCAUGGCUCCUCCAUAUUGGAAAGGCACCAUCUUGAUUACAGCAAGACGCUGAUGGCAGAAGAGAACGUUAACAUUUUCCAAAGUCUGCAGAAACGCCAGUUUGAGACAGUCCAGCACUUGCAUGAUGUCUGUAUCAUUGCGACUGACCUGGCCUUGUAUUUCAAAAAAAGGACCAUGUUCCAGAAGAUCGUUGAUGCCACCGAACCAAUGGCUGAUGAUAAGGACGCGAUUGCCUAUGUGGCCAACAAUCCCAUUAGGAAGGAAAUCAUUAUGGCAAUGAUGAUGACAGGAUGUGACUUGUCCGCCAUUACCAAGCCAUGGGAGGUCCAGAGCAAAGUGGCUCUCAUGGUGGCAGCUGAAUUCUGGGAGCAGGGAGACCUGGAGAGGACUGUGCUAGACCAACAGCCCAUUCCCAUGAUGGACAGGAACAAGUCAGAUGAACUUCCGAAGAUGCAGUGUGGUUUCAUUGACUUUGUGUGCUCGUUUGUGUACAAGGAAUUUUCAAGGUUCCACAAAGAGAUCACUCCCAUGUUUGAUGGCCUGAACAACAAUAGGGUCCACUGGAAGGAAUUGGCUGAUAUUCACCAAGCAAAAGUAGACGCUUUGGAGAAUGAACGAAAGCGACUAGAAGAGGAGCAGGCUAAAAAAUCCGCUGGUGAGGAUGGAGGUGGAGAGGGAGGAAAGUCCAAAACCUGCACCAUAUUUUAAACAUCAUCUGACAAAAAU